AUGAGCUACAAACAGAGGCUAUCGUCGUGCGAUGCUCCCAGCCCUAUACCCGCAUCGUUAGAUUCCCUAGAUCUCUCCCAUGUGGGAUACUCCCAUAAAGCCGAUUUUAAAUACCAGCUUGAAGACAUUCCCGGCCUUCCCAUCUUCAAGAAGAACGGCAAAUUCAAACGGUUUGUUACCCGAGACCCCAAUCAAAAAAGAGUCCUCAGUAUGCCGUUGUUGAGUUCAGAGUCUCUAGAUAAGGACUUGCCAAUAAUACCAUCCCGAUGUGUCACCAGCUUCAACCGGUUUUCCAUGCCGCAGCUAGAUGAACAGCUUUCAGAGCCGUUGGUGGAGUUCCAAAGUACGCCUCCACGCCCUCAAACUAUGUAUAUUGUGCCUCCACACAGACCUUUCAGCAACCAACCUUUGAGAAAGUAUAUAGUAGACAACGACGAUGACAUCGACAGCUUGUUUUCUACAAACAAAUCGGGAACUUCCAACAUCACCACAUAUACCACAGACGAUAUAGAGACGGCAGAAUCGAUUUUAGACCUUGUUCAGGCUUAUGGAAAUGACUCUAGCUCCGACGACCUUGAAGAGGCUGGCGACGACUCGAGCAGCAUCUACUCCCAAGACUCCAAAAUCUCUGGACUCGUCACCAACUACAUUGAAGAGCCCGAUGUCGGACUCCCGUUCGACGAAGAUGUGUAUAGUAUCAUCGACAGCUUGUUUGACGAUGUUCCAGUUGUGCCUGUGGCUGCGAAAAAACUUCCGUCAAUUCCUCAGCAGCUGCCAAGUCCUGAAAACCCCCCAAUUAUUUCACUCGACAUCAAGAAGUCCAGAAACAAAGUCAGCUUUGAUGACAACAAUAUUAAAUCUGCGUGGCUGAAGGCUGAUUCCAGCUCGGGUUCUACUGGAGUAUUUCCUCUGCCUUUUCGGAGACCGGUGAGCAUGAACUUGGAUCUCAUGAGACCUAAACACCAGGUAUACCAGAGACCUGUAAGUAUGAUGUCUACGUCCAAUGUUAGUGUUUCUACCUGUGUGUCGACCAAUACUGUCCAGAUAGCCAAGUCGGACAUCAAGAAUAUCGUCAGACAAAGACCUUAUAGCUACUGCUUGGACUCUCCUUCCACUUACAACUAUUCCAGGUACGCCAUUACUCCACAACCAAAAAUUACAUCCAACCCAUACCUGUCAACCUUGGCUCCUGUGGUUGGUUCUGUUCAGUCUCUGGAUGCCAAUAAAGUUAUACCACCCCAAACCCCCAUCACCCCCACAACUGGUCAAUUCACACCCCAGGGCUCUCCCAAGCUUCUCCCACCUACACCUCCUCCCAAACAGUCUCAGUCGAGAGCUGUUAGUCUUCCGGUGACGCCUCCAGGAUCACCUGCUUCAAAGGAGGAAAGAAUGAAGAGCACUAUCGCUUUGUUUUUGAAACAAGAACGAGGCAGAAAGGUUCUGGGGUUAUAA